UCGAACACAGGGAGGAUACACGCGACUAACAACGAGUUCCAGAGAUACGGUCCGAAGGGUUUCAUGGAGAUCAAGAUCCUCCAAAACGACAACCUUUACGUCCGUGUCGACUUGCCCGGUGUUCCAGACGACGGUGUCCGCCACAGAGUCGACUCCGUGAGACAAAAGGUUGUCUUUUUCUCCGGUGAAGAGACUCUCAGCGACGGAGACGACAAGAAAAACGCCCGUGAGUACGCUGGAACCGCCGGUUUAGGGUGUGACUGCUGCGAGAUAACAGGGUUGGAUGCGAAGAUGAAAGAUGGAAUGUUGAGGAUGAUUGUGUCAAGGGUCAAAGUCAAAGACCAUGACAACAAGUGUACUCUCUUUCUCCCUCCCAACACAGGUAAAUCUGGGAGAUACAAUAUGGAUGAACCUGCUUUGAACAUGGCUAAAGCGGUGGAGGACCAUCCAUUUGUGGUGAAAGGUCCUAAGCGGUCAGAAAAUAGUGUACAACGAAGAGGUGAUUGAAGUGUUUGGGUUUCAUUCGACUUGCCAGGUGUUUGUGGUGAUGAUAUAUUGGUGCUUCCCAAUGAGAAUGAAGUCAAGUUCUACGGUGAGAACAAGGGGGUCUAUGAGCACGAUGAGAGUUGCCGUCAACGGUGCUUACGUUUGUGCUCCUGGAGUUCCACUUUUGAGCCACAGCAUCGCUUGGGAUGCUGAGUUUGGUGUUCUCACGGUCCGUAUCUGACGGAGCGGAAGUAACUAUUAGUAACCGAUAACCCGAAGAUAACGUUAAAUUCUGCGAAUGCCUGUUAACUAAGCGUUCUUAAAAUCUGUUGAAUUCUCAAAGAAUGCCCGGAAACUAAAGAUCAAGAGUGGAUUAAAACCAAAACUCUAAAUUUAUAUUAAUAUCAAAUCAAAGGCGUCUCUCACAAAUCCAAGAGAUCACUAUAUAUAUAGCAAAGCAAAAGU